AGGGCAUAAAACAGUCACUGCAGGAAUUCAGUGAUGAAAUAAACACCAAACUUUCCAGGAUGGAGAUUGAACUGAAGGGGUUGAAGGAAAAGCGCGGUAACCAGACAGUCUCAGCUGAGAAAUGCAAGGAUGAAGGUGUUUUUGAUCCAACUGAGCUAAUCGAUGAAAUUCGCCAACUGUACAAGAAUCGUGAGGGAUGGCUUUCACCGUUUCCAUGGUGUGAAGAGUUUCAGUUUUUUGUCGGUGAUAUUUUUACAAGGCUCAAAGUGGUCAGAAGAAAGAAAACGAGAGGAGACGUCACUGACAAGAUCAUUACCAUGUCGUCUCUCUUGGAUCCACAUGAAGAGUGUUCAGAACCGAAAACAGUGCUAAUUGAAGGAAAACCUGGAAUAGGUAAAACUACCUACUGUAAAAAGUAUGUUUAUGACUGGGCUACAAAAAAGCAGAACCCCUAUGAUUGCGUCACAAACAUAAAAGUAGUGUUUUUCCUUAAAUGUCGUGAUAUGAAGUCCGAUAUUUGGGAAGCCAUUGAUGAUCAGCUUCUGCCCCGAGAUGUCGAUGAAGACGUCAAACAGCAAUUCUUCCAAUUUAUUCGUGCCAAUCAAUCCAGCAUUUUAUUGAUAUUAGAUGGAUUGGAUGAGUUACCUUCCACUGAAAUGCCGACAAUUUCAGAAAUAAUUGCCGGAAGAGUACUUCCGAAAUGUAAGGUGGUGGCAACAGCCCGACACGAAGCUGGAGUAAAGGUAAGAAAAUUCUGUGACACCCUGCUCGAGGUCGAAGGUUUUACUGAAGCAGAAGCCAGAGAAUUUAUCGCCAAGUACUUCAAGGAAAAGUCAGAGUUAGCUGAAAAGCUCUCGGCACGAAUAUCACGCGAUGAAAACCUUAGAGAAAUGUGUGCCAAUCCAUUGAACACGGUCCUACUUUGCCUUUUGUGCGAAGAAUUCGAUGGUACCCUUCCGGAAAAAAGAACUACACUGUUCUUGAAAAUGAUUGAAUGUGUCUUGAGAAGAUAUAGGAAAAAGAAAGAACUACCAGAUACGAAAGAAGAUCUUACAAACCUUUACAAACCGCAGUUGAAAACCCUUGGAUUUAUUGCGUUAAAUGGUUUAAAACAAGACAAGUUGGAUUUUGAAGAGAAUGAAUUAGGAAAGCAUGCCAGUGACUUGGCUGCCUUCGGAUUUCUGUCAAUUCAUCCCGGAGGUAGUAAACUGAGACCGAGUCCGCAUUAUGCAUUUCUACACAAAAGCUUUCAAGAAUGCUUCGCAGCAUUCUAUCUCUGUUGUGAGAUUCAAGAUAAACGAACUACACCUAAGGAGUUAGUUUCAGAUGACAACUAUUUCCUUGACAUGACACAGGUGCUAUUGUUCUCGUGCGGUAUUUUAGCAGAACAGUCCGAUCAAGAAGCUGCAGCUCUUGUCUCCAGUUUAGGAAAGCGGGUUAACAAUCCCGCCAGCAAAAACUGUCAGAGUGUCAAAUUUCUAUUGGAGGCCAUCAACGAAUGCAAAAGAAAGAAAGAUGAUUUUCACCUACAGUUAGCAAGAUGUUUUGGUUACAAUUUGACCCAAACACAUCUUUAUGUCGAAUGUCAGUUUCUUAGUGAAGUUUUAGCAGUAAUCCUUUCCGAGGUAAUCAGAGCUAACGCGACGCUAAUCACUUUGGGCUUGUGUUUUGCGUGUAUAAGUGAUUCCGGUGCUACAUCUAUUGCUGAGGCAAUCAAAGUCAACAAGACUUUGACCUCUUUGGAUUUGUCUAACAAUCGUAUUAGCGAUGCCGGUGCUACAUCUAUUGCUGACGCAAUCAAAGUCAGCAAGAGUCUCACCCAUUUGAAAUUGUUUGGCAAUGAUAUUAGUGAUGUUGGCGCUACGUCCAUUGCAGGAGCAAUCAAAGUCAACGAGACUCUCACCUCUUUCGAUUUGUCUAACAAUCGUAUUAGCGAUGCCGGUGCUACAUGUAUUGCUGACGCAAUCAAAGUCAGCAAGAGUCUCACCCAUUUGAAAUUGUUUGGCAAUGAUAUUAGUGAUGCCGGUGCUACGUCCAUUGCAGGUUUAAUCAAAGUCAACGAGACUCUCACCUCUUUGGAUUUGUCUAACAAUCGUAUUCGCGAUGCCGGUGCUACAUCUACCGCAAAGGCAAUCAAAGUCAACAAGACUCUCACCCAUUUGAAAUUGUUUGGCAAUGGUAUUAGUGAUGCCGGUGCUGCAUCUAUUGCUUUUGCAAUCAAAAUCAACAAGACUCUCACUAAUUUGAAUUUGUCCUUUAAUAGUAUUAGUGAUGCCGGUGCCACAUCUCUUGCUGAGGCAGUCAAAGUCAAUCAGACUCUGACCUCUUUGAAUUUGUCUAAGAAUCGUAGCAAUGAUGCCGGUGCUACAUCUAUUGCUGAGGCAAUCAAAGUAAACAAGACUCUCACAAAUUUGAAUUUGUCUCGCAAUGGUAUUAGAGAUGCUGGUGCUACAUCUAUUGCUGAGGCAAUCAAAAUAAACAAGUCUGUGACCUAUUUGAAUUUGUCUUUUAAUGGUAUUAGUGAUGCUGGUGCUACAUCUAUUGCUGAGGCA